CAGCGCUCAGGUGGAGAAAGAGAGAGGGCAGCAAAGAGAGAGAGGGAGACACACCGACACAACUGCAGCAGCCGAGCUGUGGACAAGUGGGAUCGGCCCGUGGCCCCCGUGCUCCUGAGAAGUCGUCCCGCUCCUCUGUGCGCACUUUGGCCGGACUGAGAGGAAGAUCACGAGGAAAAUAGAGGGGAAAGUGCCACCGGCGCUACCUGCUGCUGCUGCGACCACAGUCAACCGGGAGUCACCUGCCGGGAGGCAAAAGUGCAUUUUAAGCAUAGUUGUAGGAACACGUUGGAGUCGUGGAAGAUGGUUUAUAAGAAGCUCUUUUUUUAAAGGACAAAGGGCCCUUCGUGUCACUUUUUGCACUUGCGCGUGCAGCAAAGGAGGUCUUACAAAAAUUAACGUAUUUAUUAUUUUCAGGCUUUACUUGUAACUGAUGUCAUGUGUUUUGGGAAGUGGGACGCAGCUGUUUGGAUGGACAGGCACUUCAGCUGAGAGAGCGUGAAAGACACGAGACUUCCUUCAGAGUGUCUGCUAAAAAACAGCGAAGGCAGAAGGAAGAAGCCUCCAGCAGACGCAGGGACAUGGAUGGUAUCGCUGUCUUUGAAAUCCGUGUGUCGGCGCAGUCUGCAGAUUGGGUGCACAGCGCGUCCGAGCCGUGACACUUCAUCAUGACAGAGAAUCCAAACUGCACCUGAGCGCGAAUGUAACGUUACCGGAGCACACUCCACUACAGGAUCCACGAUGUCCUCAGUCCAGACGAGGAAGCUGACUCUUUGCCAGGCCCUGACCUUUGUCCUGCUGCUGGUCCUUCCUGUGUGCCUGUCCUCCCCGCAGAGUCCCUCUUGGAUUUCGGCGUGGGGUCCUAACAGCGACGAUUCAUCGGUGCGUCCAGCUCGCACACGGAGGCAGCUGCACUUCAGAAAUGAGUGGGCAACAUGGAGCGGCUGGUCUGUGUGCUCACGCACCUGUGGGGGCGGAGCAUCUGUGAGGUCACGCACCUGCAUCACAAGGAACCCAGUGGGUGGACCAUGUGCAGGAGAUCCCAGACAGUACAAGAUCUGCAACACCAAGGACUGUCCCCCUGGCUCGGAGGAUUUCCGAGAGAUGCAGUGUGCUGCCUUUAAUGACAGGCCGCUGGUGGCUGGCAACUCCUUCAGAUGGAUCACCUUUCAUGGAGGCUCUAACCCCUGUGAACUCAGCUGCUUGGCCUUGGGUCACAACUUCUACUUCAACUUUGGCCGAGUGCUUGACGGCACAGCCUGCGACAAGGACUCAGGAGCAGUGUGUGUGAACGGACGCUGCCUGGUGAGUGGUACCCGGUCUUUGAUUGGAAAAAAAAUGGCCUUUUCUGAAUGUGGUGCAAGAAAUCCAAUUAAAACCAAGCUUUUACUCUCUCUGUCAGGCGGGCCUUUUGGAUACAAUGAAGUGGCCAUGAUCCCUGCUGGAGCAACUCACAUCCGAGUCACUGAUAAUAGCAGGAAUUAUCUUGCCCUGCAGAAUGGACGCUCCCAGUUUUUGAUUAAUGGAAACUGGAAGAUCAGCAUUCCAGGCGAGUACAGUGUAGCAGGGACUAAGCUGGUUUAUCGGCGCUCAGCAGACACCUGGGAAAGCUUUGAGGUGCCAGGACCCACCCAGGAAGACCUUCAUCUAAUGGUUCUGGCAACAGACAGAAACCCAGGAAUUGAGUACGAGUAUUGGCUCCCACCAGACCAGUAUGCUCUCUACCACGGGAGGAGGAGCCCACUGCGACAGGCUCACCAUACUGCCAGCUACCUACCCUGGAGUCAGCCCACUGCUUCAGCCACAACCACCACUACCAGGGUUCCACAAAACACCCCCCGACCUCACUGGUUUUUACAGCCAGUGAAGCCACCACACCACCAGCGUCCCCACCAGCCCAUCCUGCCUCGUCUGGAGCGGGACGAGAACCGUAGAAAUUUCCUCCCUCAGCCCUCACCUGAAAGGCAUUGUGGCAAAUGCCAGCGGGUUAAAGGUCGACGAGAACGCCAGAGACAGUAUUGCCAGAAGGACUUUGUUUUCCGGGCAAGAGUCCUUUUGAAGCUGCAACGAGGUGAGGAAACUCGUUACGACGUCCAGAUCAUCCACACCUACCGGAACCGGUUCCGCCUGGAGCACCGGGAGUUCCUGUGGGUCCCUAAUGUGUGCGACUGCCCUAACCUGGAAGUAGGGAAACAGUAUAUCUUUAUGGCGCGACGUCACAUUAAUUAUGAGCGCACAUUAAACCGAAUUCUGCUUGAAGAGGAGAGCUAUGUGGUGCCAUACAGACCCAGAGAGGAUGAACUGCUAUGGCCGCUUGAAAGGCUCUGCAGCAACAGAGGACCCAAACAGAACUGAGGGGAUGCGGGUUGUCGCACACUUUACUCAGAUAUAACAUUUCUGGACCUUUAAACCAACAUCAGAUUCCUUGUGAUGCAUGUAUUCCAGAAAUACUGAGAGUCCACGAUUAUUUAAAAGCCUGAUCAGCUUACUGUACAAUUUAGAGCACUUUAGGUGACGCUUGUGCCACCUUUAAAAACACCAAAGAGAAGAACUGACUGAAAUGGCCUUUUUAUUGUGGCUAUUUCCCACAGCCAUCAUAUAUUUUUAUAUUAUAUUUGUUUUUGUGUAAAAGAAGAAUCCACUUUGAAUAAUUUUCUCCUUUUUCUCUUUAGUAUUUCUGAAAAAAUGCCUAAAAACCAGAAUUUUGUCUGACAGGAAGCACAUGGCGGUAGCUGUGGUUUCAAAAUAACUUCUGAUCCUAUCAAAGUCUGUGGGAGAAUGCCUCAGUCACCUAUUUUGGGUUGUUCUGAAUAUAUGUUUUGAUCUGUUUUGUAAAUCUUGGUCAUACUAUUUUCAAAUAGCAUAUGUGAUAUGAAACCUCCAGCUUAUUGCAAAGUUGGGUUUCCAACAAUCACGUUUUCAGAUGCUAAUCCUGGGAUGUUGAUGUGAACGAUCUCACCUGGAAUAAGGUAUACUGUGUGCCAAACUCAGCUCUGUGGAGCAGCUGCUGCUCACCUGCUUUAGACUAGUCAUAGUGCCAGAGGCGGGGCACACCCAGACAGGUCGCCAGUCUGUCAGUGGGCUGAGAAGCAGGAUACCAUAAUAACAAGCCAUAAUUAGUGAACAUGAGUGGACCGAUAUCAGCUGAACAACUGAAGGUUGUUCACCAGUGCAUUAUGGAGGCACUGCAAAAUAUUUAAUCCCAACAAUGGGGCUGUUUCAUUGUCUUUUUUUCUUGUUUGAAAUAAUUUAUCUGAAUUUCAGGAGUGGGACCACACCUCAUACACUUACCCUCUGGUCCCACGGUUGUAUGGUUUUCUUGCACAUUUCCUUUCAUUUUCACACUCGCCAACCCACACAAUGCUUGGCCCAGAAGCUCCUGCCAGUUCUCCCUGAGGCCUUCCCCUGUCCACAGACUCAGGUCUAGUCUGAGGCCUUCCCCAGUCCACAGACUCAGGUCUAGUCUGAGGCCUUCCCCAGUCCACAGACUCAGGUCUAGUCUGAGGCCUUCCCCAGUCCACAGACUCAGGUCUAGAGCUAUCUUUAUUCCAUCUGCCACUCUCUUUAAAGAAACACUGUCAAUCUAAUCAAGGAUGUGGUUUUUCCAACAUGGAGGUUUGGAAGUCUUUAAGAAGAUUGACAGACUGGCUACCUGUCCAGAGUAAAAGUAUUUCCAGUUCUUUUCACUGCGUAGUCCUUUCUCAGACAAUAGACCAGAAUAUAAUGCAGACACUAACUUCACUACUCAAACUGUGGUGUGACCUGUCCUUACACUACAGCUGAAUCAGACAAUGGGAAAAACCUGAAACAGCAGUCACGACAGACUGAAUUAGAUGCUUUAUCUUUGACUGGUGAUAUCUAAUAACAGAUUGUUUCACAGUGUUCAUGUAUGAAAAAUAAGCUUUAAUCAUAACACAAUGUUUUUGUGUAAGCUGUGUAAUGUCUUUCAUAACGUUGCUUAUUUGCUGUAUUCAUUUGUUAGAGUAUGUUAAAUCAGGUCUGGCCUUUGAUACUUACAGAAAAUAAAUAUACAGUAUUUUAUUGUGUGGCGCUGAUUAGCUACAAAUGUACUACAAUAUAACUGAUUAUAACUGUUUUAAGAAACCUUGUAAUGAGUUAAAUGGUUGAACUCUGCUUAUUGUGUUGUGGAUUAAAAAUAUCAUAUUUGCUUUUGAACCUAAUAUACUGUAUGUAUAUGUGCCAAA